GAAACCUGAACUAACUCAGUAGCUCGUGCUUGGAAAUUUAAAAAAGAAAAAGAAAGGGAAAGUAUUUGGAACAUUGAGACAGACGAAUUUGGGAGUCGGCCAUGGAGCAUCUGGAUGAGCUAUGUCUGCAGCAGAUCUUGUCAUAUUUGCCAUUGCCAGAUCAGUUGGCUAUGCUGGAAUGCGAUGAUCGCUGCUAUUCGCUGCUGGGGAGUCUUUGGCGCCGUCACUUGACCAGAAUUGAGCUCAAUCUGCUCCAGGUGCCCCUAAGCAAGGAGCACUUUGAGUUCUUGCUGCUGAGCUGCUGGCGCAAGUUAAUUGUACUGCGGCUCAACUAUCUGGACAAGGAGAAGUUUGAGGUGCUGGUCGGGCACAGGUUUCCCAAACUCCAGAUGCUUCAGAUCGAUGCGCUGCCUCCCUUUUUCCUCUGUUGCCAGAAACAGCAGCAACUAAGACACAUGAUUAUGAAGGACUAUCAGGAUAAUGCCGUUGGCGCUUGCGUUUCGCAGCAAACUCAGCUGACCUGGUAAUUUCUAUAAAAUAUAAUAGCUAUUCCCGCAAAGGGCUGCGCAUUCAAUCAACCAAAUAAAAACAGCCAAAAUGCCAA